UCGAGGUUUUCCAGCUGAGGAGCCAGUCAGUGGCUGUUCUAACUGCUUGCUCCAGAGGUUGGAAACAACGGAGAAGGCAGUCAUAUUGACGGAAAGCCCAUCUCCAGCCAUCCUUUAGCUCAUUAAAAAUUUCCCAGGGACAUUACCAUCACGAGUUGCAUCAGUUUUCUGGAAGACAGCCCGUUGUUCCACUGACCUUUUUCCUCAUUCCUGAGCCCGCUGGAGUUAUGUCCACAGCCGCCUUAAUUACUUUGGUUAGACGCGGCGGGACCCAAGUGAGAAGCAGAGCGCUGCUCAGCGGCCGCCUGUUGCAGGACGGCAGGUGGGGGGUGACACCCACGUGCCCCGGCUCCACGUCGGAGCCCAGGUGUUCACGGUUUGAUCCCGAUGGUAGCGGCCGGCCGGCCACCUGGGAUAAUUUUGGCUUCUGGGAUAACCGCAUAGACGAGCCAAUUAUGCUGCCGCCCAGCAUCAAGUACGGCAAGCCGAUUCCCAAAGUCAGCCUGGCGAACGUGGGCGGCGCCUCGCAGAUCGGCAAACGCAAAGAGAACGAAGACCGCUUUGACUUCGCUCAGCUCACGGACCAGAUCCUGUACUUUGCCGUGUAUGACGGCCACGGCGGGCCCGCCGCUGCCGAUUUCUGUCACACCCACAUGGAGCAGUGCAUCCUGGAUUUGCUUCCUAAGGAGCAGGACUUGGAGACUGUGUUGACCUUGGCUUUUCUAGAAAUAGAUAAAGCCUUUGCAAGGCACGCCCACCUGUCUGCUGAUGCAACCCUUCUGAAUUCUGGGACUACUGCAACAGUAGCCCUGUUGAGAGACGGCAUUGAACUGGUUGUAGCCAGUGUUGGGGACAGCCGAGCUAUUUUGUGUAGAAAAGGAAAACCCAUGAAGCUGACCACUGACCAUACUCCGGAAAGAAAAGAUGAAAAAGAAAGGAUCAAGAAAUGUGGAGGUUUUGUAGCUUGGAAUAGUUUGGGGCAGCCUCACGUGAAUGGCAGGCUUGCGAUGACCAGGAGUCUUGGAGAUUUGGAUCUUAAAACCAGUGGUGUGAUAGCAGAACCCGAAACAAGAAGGAUUAAGCUACAUCACGCUGAUGACAGCUUCCUGGUCCUCACCACAGAUGGAAUUAACUUCAUGGUGAACAGUCAAGAGAUUUGUGACUUUGUCAACCAGUGCCACGACCCCAGUGAAGCAGCCCGUGCAGUGACUGAACAGGCAAUCCAGUAUGGUACUGAAGAUAACACUACUGCAGUAGUAGUGCCCUUUGGUGCUUGGGGAAAAUACAAGAACUCUGAAGUCAACUUCUCAUUCAGCAGAAGCUUUGCCUCCAGCGGACGAUGGGCCUGACACUUGCUGGGACUUAGAGUUUCUGUGUGACAGCUUUCACUGAGUGUGUCAAGAAACUGAUGAGAUCACAGAAGUCAACUGUACUGGGGUAACUCUAGGACUGUAGACCAGUACACAGAUCAGUGUCAAAGUCGUAACCAUUUACGUGGUAGUUUUUCAUAAAUACUUGUCAUAUUUAUGUUUAGCCAAUUGUACAUAUUUAGUAUGAAUAGAUGUGUAAUUUAGCUUUGGUGAGUGAGUCUCUGAGUUGAGUGAGCAAAUGAAAAAUGUUUUUGAUACAUUUACUGAGUGCUAAAUUUCUUUCUUUUUUUUUUUUUUUUUCCCAAUGGCCACCACUACGGCAUGUGUGGUUCCCAGCCCAAGGAUUGAAUCUGAGCCACAGCUACGGCCCACGCCAGAUCCUUUAACACACUGUGCUGGGCCCAGGGAUCGAACCCGUGCCUCCGCAGCCUCCCUAGCUGCUGCAGUUGAAUUUAGCAACCCCUCAAUUUCUAAUCUUUACAACUCUUAGGCAGCUAUGAGUUUCUUGUGAUCGUUUCUGAUCUUUAUUCAUUUGACCAGUUUCUUGCCUUCAAGUUCUUACAAACUGAGUAUUUUGACAGCUACUCAAUGUGAUAUCUGCAAGUGUUUAUUUUUAAUAAAUGUACCAAGGAGUACAUAUGAAAACAGUUCUCUGUUUGUAUUUUGUAGUCCAGAUCGCUUAUUGGUAAAUGUACCAAUGCAGAAGAAAUUAAUUCAGCUGAUAAGACACCGCUAAACUGCAUACAAAUGUACAACAGUGCACUUAGGUAUUUCAACCGUGUCACCAGGUCUCCUCUGCCCUCACCCAAUUCAUUCCUCUUUUUCUGUAGCUAAGAAUGUUAUUAUAUAGAUGUGACUUUUCCUUCAUAUCAGAAAAGAAUAUCCAGGCUAAGAGUUCUUUGGUCAAAGUGAUACAAAUAAUAUCUAAUAUUUUGUAUCAUGUUUCCAUUUGUUAUCUCUAAUUAUUUUGUGUUUCAUAAAUAGUAUGUUUAUAUCGCUUUUUGUAUAGAGUCAGCAAGUCAAAUAAUUUGUCAGUAAAAAUAAUCCUACACUGACUGAUAAUUGCUAUAAACAUAGCUUGAGGGUCCUGUCUCCUAAGAGAGUAAAUCUAUGAAAAAUAAUAAAACAUUAUCUAUUUCAGCUUGCUAUGUAAUUUAGGAGUGUAAAACUGUAUUUCCUUAUAUCUGUAUGUAAGUUUGCUGUUAAAAUGUGAAUUUCUAAAUGUGCGUAUGAGAUUGUAUCUGCAGCUUAUUUCUGCAGGCAAUGUGAAUUUUUAUGUGUAUGUACAUAUGUAUAUUUUGGAUUAAUGGAAAAUGAAAGGGAACAAUUCUGCAUAGCUCCUUCACCAGUUAGCUUUAAAUUAUUGAUGUGUUUAUCUCUAAGCACUCUUGACAAACUGAAGAAAGUUUUAUAAUGGAGAACCUGUGGCUACUGUCAGAUAAGGGACUAUUAAAAAUGGCUAUAGGAGAUAUUUUGUGGUGGGUAACUUAUGUGGAAGGCCUAGGAACAGAAGCAGCGUGUUGACGCUACAUUGCUGUAUGGUAAUUUGCAUGUAAAAUAACAGGAUGUGAGAAAAAUAGGGAGUGUUAAGAAUGACAUGGAGGUUUGUUAUCGAAACAAAAGAAAAACCAAAACAGUAAAGGUGAUGUACCUUCAACUCUUAGCUCAAGUUUUAUUUAGAGGCUUAGUAGAAGAAAGAGGGCAAAAUAGCAAUAUUCACAUUUUCUCCUCACCUUUUUUUGGAAGAAAAUAAAUCUUGAGUUUUCCUGCCGGUAUUCAUCAGGAAAUGUCCUUUGGAAAAUAGUGGUAGAGACACAGUUCAAGGUUGUUUGGUUUGGUUUGGUUUGGUUUUCAAGGAAGUUUGGUAACAGAAAGAAAAACAUUAUAGGAAGGAACGCAGUCUCCUUUUCAUGGCCUGGGAAACGAGGAACCAAAGGUAGGCUAAGAAAGCUGGAGAACGUUUGCUGUCUUUUUGAGUAGGGUCUCGGGACAUAAGUAUGGAAGCUACAUUUAGGAGUAUGGCGUUUCCAAACUCACAAGCAAGUGGAAACUCUAGAGCGCAAAAUGACCUUCUAAAAAUGCAGCUUUUAUUUUUGUUUCGAAUUCUUCACAUCGCUGUUCUGCUCUUUAACAGCUAGGGAGGGUAGGGAUGGUGUGGAUUUUUAAGGUCUAAAAGCACGGAUGCAUUGGGCGCAUUGCCAGCUGCGACAAAGAGGAAUGUGUCGGGCCUGUAGGUCUUGGUCUGGGCUGGACUUUGCUUUGCCCCCCUCCCCCCCCAGAAAGUCUUCAAAACCCGAACUCGUUAGUGUUGACUAAAGCAUAAAAACACAGCAGGGUUUGUUUUUCAAGUUACAAUGUUGAAGUACAAUGUAUAGAUUGUUAUAAUCCAGAAAAGAUACGCAUACUUGUAUUAGGCUUCUAGGUCUGUUAAUGGAAAUUAUGCAAAUAGUGGGGAGAAAAGGACUGUUCUAAAUAGUUUUUUUAGUUAUAACUGUGAAAUUGCCAUGUGGCUAUGACCAUGUGGGUGUGGCGUAAAUUAUAUUAAUGUAAUUAAACUUAAAUCAAUUGUA